AUGUCGUUGGCGUCGAAAGUGUUGAAGUUUUCGGCUCAACGCUCUCAAACCAUCACUCCGAAAUGCUCUAUGUACCAAAACCCCUACAUUAUUGAGCAUCAGAAGAGGCGUCGCGUCUCUGAGGACUACCCCAAAAAGGUAUUUUUAAGGAUUUUUUGGUUGAAAAAAGGUUAAAACUAGUGCUUUUAGGUCAUAAAGUACGUGGAAUGAUAAUAAUUUUAAGAAAAUUUUAAUUUGAAGUCAAUUCUACGGACUUUUUGACCUUUUUUAUAAAAAUAAGGAUUUUGGAGCGUUGAGAAAGGCAUGUUUUACUUGUUGGAAAAAGUCUUGUCGUCAAUUUACAUUGGCUUCCGAGACGAAAAACGACAAGACUUUUCAUUGUUCUAUUUUUAAAGAAGCUUUUGAUAAAAUUCGUCAUUGAUGACAUGUUUAAUCAAAAUGAAUGCCAACUGACAUAAUAUGAUAUGAUCUAUGACAAUAUUUUCAGAGCACCGGCUUAACUGGCCUCUGGGUAAACGAACACCCCCACUAUACCCUGAAGGUCGUGUAUGGUAGAAUCCUGAGAACUCUUCAAAGCAUCCCAGUCAACAAUCCAUACCGACAAGCCACCGAACAGUUGAUUAAUCAUCGAUUGAAGUUGGUUGAGGAGGUAGGAUCGAAGUUUUGAAAUUUCGAAGAAUUUACUAAAUUUUGAAAAAAAUUUUUUUUUUGGAAAAUGUUUUUUUUUUGUUUAAAAAUUGAAUUUUUGAAGUUUUAAAGAAACAAUAAGUCUUGUCGUCAAUUUACAUUGGUUUAGUUGGUAAAAAACGACAAAACCUUUUUAAUCUUGCAAUAGUAUGUUUAGAAAAUAACUGUUUUUACAAAACAAAAAAUGGCAAGAACUUUCUUUACACAAUCAAAAAUUGUAAAAACUUUCUUUACAAAACAAAAAACGGCAAAAACUUUCUUUACAAAACAAAAAAUGGCAAAAACUUUCUUUAAAAAACAAAAACUGACAAAAACUUUCUUUACAAAGCAAAAACGGCAAAAACUUUCUUUACAAGCCAAUAGUAUAGUAAAAUUUACCAAAUUUUAGGAGACAGAUGUGUUCAAACUGGAGGAAAAGAUUGGAAUGGGUCAGAUCGAGGAAGUCAUCCAACAAGCCGAAUACGAAGUGGCGGCCGCUCGUGCCAUCGUCGAAAGCAAGGCCUGGGAACCGCUAGCCGAGCCGGCUUCCGAAUCCCAAUGGCGUUGGCCGGUAGCUUAG